AUGAUUGCAUCUCUUCUCACAGGAAUACUCUGUGUAUUCUCUUCGUUGGAUUUCACUACAGCCCUCGCCCCUGGAAAUGUCGCACUACGAACUCGAAAUGCCCCUGGAACGACUGAUAAAGACACGAUUAAUGCAGUGGGCCAUGCUCUUAACAUGGCAACACUGAAAUCGCGCGGCAAUAAAGUGUAUUCGAUGAACAAAACAUCACUGGCGAAAAGCUGGACUGGUGCGAAUUUGUUCGUUUCUGGCGAGAGUGGCAGCACCGAUGAAACUUCGUCCUCGGAUGUGACCGCAGCCAUAGAGAUAAUAUGUUCUACCUGUUAUGUGGAUGGCUCCGUGAGCGGAGCCUUGACCCUCACCGGGGGUUUCAACUUAAACGACACCAUAACGGAAGUUACAAGCGAUGUCAAAAAUGUCACAGAGCAAGUUAUCGACCAGCUAAAAGAUUAUGUCGAAUCGACUCUCGAAGACAUUGUCACGAACGACGCUGACGAUAUUUCGUGGCCGACCAUUGAUGUGGACCUGAACAUGGAAGAUACUCUUUCUGGUCUUCCGGAUGCACAGAUCCAGUUCAAGUUUGACAAUUUGGAAUUGUAUCUUGAACUUGAUAUUAAGCUAUCGACAGAAACUACCUAUGCGCUCAACCUGUUUACGUCGGAUACCCCUGUGGGAUUUGAAGUUCCAGGUGUCGAUGCAGGGGCAAUUUUCAGCGUAAGCUUGAUUCUGAUUGCUGAUGCUGAGAUUGAUAUUGGAACUGGCAUUCAUAUCAAGCUUGAUGAUGGGCUUGCCUUUGACAUGGAAAUGUUCAGCUCAAAUGUGUCUAGUUUUACCAUGCCCGGUGGUGUUUACGAGUUUUUACCGGUCACGAUAGCUGGAAACGGAUCCAUACAGGCCAUUCUGAGCCUCGAAGCGAGUCUCGGAGUAAAUGUAUACAGUACUAAAGAGGACCUGCUUGAUACCAGCUUCAGCGCUGGCGUUGGGGCCGAUAUCUUUGCUUAUGUCGCCGACUUCCAACUUGAAGUCGACGGCUCAACAACGGCGGAUGACGGUGACUGUGAACUAGCCGCUAUUGCAGAAUAUACCAUGGCUGUCGGGGCAGCAGCUGGGGCAACGGUCGCAAUUGAUGCAAUCGCCUGGGGUCCAUCUCCCAACACCACAAUUCCUGUCUGGUAUACUACCUUGGCUAGUGUUUGCGCAACUAGCAAGACUUCAACAGCCACUACAUCUGCCGUGAUCACUGCUCGAGCAGAGCUAGAUGCGCGAGAUGAUUCCACUACCACGACUAUCUCAACCACAGAAACCUAUACUAUAAUCAACUGCCAAUCUCAGGGGCUGGUUAACUGUCCUGUGACUUUGCAGAGUACCACCUCCACCGAGCGUGUUAUCACGUCGACCGUCACUGUUCAAUCGGGUUCCUCGGCAACAUUCCCCGCUACCACUAUUUCAUCGGUUACCAGCACCGUUGAAUUUGGAACGAAUGUGCGGAGCCUACGCGCAACAGCCGGGUCUCCCACAUCUUACAACCCAUCCACGGCAACUGGAUCAACGGGAGGCAGUAUACUUGAUGGUACGACCGACGGAACUAGUAACAAGCUUAUUAUCGGAUUGAGUGUUGGCUUGGGACUUCCAUUCCUUGCAGCUCUGAUCGUAGGAGUUGGUCUAUACAUCGCAAAGCGGAAGAAAUACGCUCUUGUUGCUCCUCAAGCAGAGGCAACCACCGAGUACUCGCCAUCCAUGUCAUACGAUUCACCUCCCAUGCCAGGCACGCCUGGAAUCGGGAAAGACGCGACUCGCGUAUAUACGACUGAGUCUUAG